AACGAAAGCUAUCCAAAACGCACAAAAGUAGAGGUUCUUUUUUCUUGACAUAACCAACGUUCCUAAUGUCUAACAGUUCUGAAAAAGUCAACGUUGAAGACAGAGCUCUCAGUGAACCGACAGCUGAACUGGGCAAAAAGAGAACUUCUUCAGCCUUGGAUGUGUCAUCCAACGAAAACGACAGCGAUGACAAUAGCCAUAAAAAGUUUGGCUCAAGAUUGCUGGAGAAAAAAGAAGAUGUCUUCAUUCAUAAUGCUUGAAUGGGAUGAAGAACAAGAACAAAUGGCCAAAGAAAAGAUCUCGACUCAACUGGAAAAUCCUGUGCCUGAGGAAGAACGAGAUCAAUAUUACAAAGAUCCAGCCGAUUAUUGGAAUAAAUUUUACGAAAAGAACGAAAACAAGUUUUUCAAAGAUAGAAAUUGGCUCAAAAUCGAGUUUCCUGAGCUCUUUGAAACGAGUGAAGAACAUGCUGGCAAGAAGCGUGUAUUUGAAAUCGGCUGUGGAGCAGGCAAUACCAUGUUUCCUCUUUUAGAACAAAGCAAAAAUCCUGAUCUGUAUGUGUAUGGCGCUGAUUAUUCCAGCACAGCAGUCAGUAUUGUGACCAAUCAUGCCAACUACGAUACAAAACGAUGCAAAGCCUUUGUAUGGGAUUUAUCCAGUGACAAGAUACCCGACGAUGAAAUCGAACCAGAGUCAUUGGAUAUUAUUGUAUUGAUUUUCGUCUUGUCAGCAUUAGCCCCUGAACAAUGGGAUCAAGCUGUUACCAAUAUUCAUAAAUUGUUGAAACCGGGAGGAUUGGUCUUGUUUAGAGACUAUGGACGAUACGACUUGGCUCAACUUCGAUUCAAGAAAAAUAGACUGCUAAAAGAAAACUUUUAUAUUCGAGGAGAUGGCACACGAGUGUAUUUCUUUACGUCCGAGGAAAUUAGCGAUAUUUUCACGGGCAACGAUAAAGAAAAGCCUCUCUUUAAAAUUGAACAAAAUGCCAUUGAUCGUAGACUCAUUGUAAAUAGGCAAAAAAAGUUAAAGAUGUAUCGAUGCUGGCUACAAGGCAAAUUCAGAAAAUUGUAGCCCAAAACUAAAUUGCCAAAUAAAUCAUUUUGGGCAUUUAUCUGUUGACAUAAAUUUUGUUAACAGCCUGUCG